CAAUUUUUUUUUACUGUUUACUUCUUAUUAUACAGAUAAAGAUGCGAUCUGUAGGCCGACUCUUAGGCAUUUUUAUCUGCCUCAUGCAUCUAGCUUCGGCACGGCACUACCGGGGUGGGAUGUUUAGUUAUGAGCGACUUGGAAACAACAAGUUAAAAGUAACAUGGCGUCUAGCUGCUCGCCGUGGUUGGGGAUCCGAAUACGGUUGCACACGGGUAGGGGAAAUUUUAACAGGUGAACAUAAUGGUGUAUUGAAGUGUGCCGAAUGUGACAGGAAUCAAACGAUAGCCGGACCACUCACCUACAAGUGUCUGGAAUACAGUGAGGACCAGGACUGGAGUAUAGUUCAAGGGUCAACAACAUACGUAGCGGACCGGCAGCAAUUCACAAUGAUCUACCAGAUAGAGCCAGAAUCCGAAUGCCGAGAAUCCAGUAACUGGAUUGAGUUGGAGAAUUAUGGUAUGCAGACCUGUUGGAGAUUAGUAACCAAGGUGGACUUAAGUAAAGACAAUCAUUCUCCAGUGGUCUCUAUGUUGCCAGUGUUCACCGUCCGAAAGGGAUGUACUAGCUUCCUUCCAAUUGAAGCCACCGAUCCGGAUGGUGAUGAGGUGCGUUGCCGAUGGGCAGAAGAAUCCAAAGGAGAGUGUCCGCCUUCCACAGCUGGACGACGAGUAUGUGGUCAGGCAACUGAUUAUGCCAAACUAGACUCGAAACGCUGCCGACUGGAAUUCCCGGCUGAAGGUGAACCAGGCUGGUAUGCAGCUACAAUCAUGGUCGAGGAUAUAGACAAGGUAACCGGACGACCAAAAAGUUCAAUCCCAUUUCAAUUCCUGCUUAAUGUUACUGAACCUGGAAGUUGUAUCGGACCCGGACUUGAUGGACCCAGCUGUGAUGUCAUUAGAGUGAACGAGAGGUGGACAGGAACCAUUGUUGCCAAGAUUGAUCCUAAAUCUGACGCCGACAAUGUCAUUGGGAUUCUUAUGAGCCCACCUGACGGUAUGACGAAGCGAUAUGCACGUCCACCUCCAGGCAAGAAAGUCGUAGCACAACUAUCCUACGCAUCAAAUCGUCAAGGAAUGGUUUCGUAUUGUUAUUCAGGCCUAGACAACAACUGGAUUCAAAGUGAUCCAGUUUGUGGAAGAAUUAUUGUUUCCAACCAUUUACCAAAGGUUGCUGAAGAUGUCAAGCCUGCAAGGAUUCUUCCGCUGCAAUCAACACCAGGACCUGGAACUCAAUUUGGAAAAAAUCCCCCCCGAAUUUGGGAAGUCAAAUUCGACAAGCCAAUUGAGCGCCCAGAACACGCAGCUUACAUCAAAGUCGUAGAACUUGGAAAUAAGGGUAUUAAAACAAUCGCUAAAUAUGACGUCAAAAAUAGAAAUGAAGUCACAUUGGCAGGCGAUACCGCUCGCUUCCGACCUCCCCUUGACAGACUGAAAGACGGCGCUAUGUACUCUCUCCAAGUAGAAGCUGGGACGGGAGUAGUCUACUUCAAAGACCCAUGUGGCAAUGCACCAGCUGCCAAGCCCAAUGACGAGUCUAUGUGGAUGUUUGGCACUCAAGCCUGCACCCCAGCUUCUCCGCCUAGAGUUGUCAAAGAGAGGUCUUUCCCAGGCCCUGAUGUCAGGAUUGAUAAUGAAGAAACAUGGGUCAUCAAAUUCAAUAAAAAUAUUGUGCGUCCUACUGCACCGGCAUAUAUUACUAUCGUCGAAAUGACCCAAAACGGAGAGAGUGAAAUCGCUAAAAUUGACGCCAGAGAUAGAAACCAAGUCAUAUUUCCGAACUACGAUCCCACAAUAAUGAGGAUCCGGGCUCCACUUCGCGAUUUGGAAAAUGGAAAGGUAUAUGAGCUGAGGAUAGACAGCGGUGUGACCUUUAAUAUCAAUCGAAAUCCAUGUCGAAAUGAAGUUGCUAGGAAACCUAAUGUUAGAGCAGCAUGGACCUUUAAAACUCGAGCUUUGCCAGUGCCGUAUGUAGACUGUGAUGAUUACAAAAUGACGUUUUAUGUGCCAAUAAGACUUGCAAAGGGUGUUCCUGCCAGAUUACUCCAUCUACACGACCCUAGAUGUGUUUCAACUAGGUUGAACGGAAGCCACAUCGCGGUGGCGACGUAUUACGACGAAUGUGGAACAAUAAAAAAGCCGAUUUCUGCAGACGUAACACGAUACGUUAAUACCCUUCGCAAUAAUCCCCAACCUGUGAUGAGAGGUGCACCAGCCACUCGCCGUUCACACAACGUGGAGUUGCGUUACAUGUGUGAAGUGACAGGAACCAAGCCUGACAGAAUGUUCAACCCAAACACAGGUGCGCAAGCGGACAGGUACAGAAACAACCGUAAUAUGAACACAUAUCUGGAGAUGUACCCAACCGAACAAUUCCUUGAUCCAUACACGUCACCACCAAAUGUUACAUUCGAGCAGACGUUGUAUUUUGCUGGACAUGCGUAUGACAUAAACAAAGUACUGGAGAUUGACAGCUGCCGGGCCACUAGUAGAGAUAAAACCUGUACAAAAUUCGACAUUCCUUACGUCAUGAUUGAUGAGGGAUGUCCACUUGAUCCUACCUUGAUGUUCUUAAACACCCCUGGACGAUACACACGACGAUUCUCAAUGUCAACUCUAGCAUUGAUCAACAAAGGAAUGGAACACAAUGUGGUGGUUAAUUGUCGCAUGGUUGCUUGUGACGAUACAAAUAUGUACGAAUGUGACCGGAUUCGUAGUUCACGCGAGGCCUGUAUGUUUGGCAGUGAAUAUGAAAUGGCCCCUGCAUAUGUACAAGCAGAGCAGGUUAUGAAACUUGAAGUUGCACCAGAAAAGCCGGAAAAACAAAAACGUCAACGAUUGAAAAAACAAAAACAGCGAGCACAGGGCGGAUCCAGCUCCAGUGGGGAUUAAAGUAGAUAAGAUUUUUAAUGAAUGGUUGGGAACUUGUAUAGUUGUAACCACAGGAUAUGUGGUUUAACAUAAACCAAUGGGACUCCCAAUGAAUAAUCUGUAUUGGUAAAAGUACACAAAAUGUAAUUUAUUUCUAAAUCAGUUAUGUGGGCACUCGUGGUGUGGUAAUCAUCUUAAAAUAAUUGGUAUUCACUCAUUUUUUCUUGUGAAAAUAAUGUUAAGACCCUGCGUAAAGUUAAAGAAUUACGUCAUAAUACUGUUUAGUGUAAUAUUUGACAAACUUUGGUCUAAAUCGAACUCGAAAAUUUUCAUUUACUGUUGUUGACAAGAAAAAUAAUCUUUAGAUUUAAAAUUUCGAUAACACUGGAUUUAUAACACAGACAUGAAUAUGUGGCAGUUGUCUAAACUAUGAUGAAUAAUAAUUUUAAGACUUAAAAAAUCAGAGACAAACAAUGUGUAGACCUACAUAAUUUUUGAAGGAAUCAUUUUGUAUACAUUGUCUAAUAUUACCUCAGGGUUUCCGUUAGUUUAUUUCUUUAAGUUAUUUUUUGACUUCCACCAGCAAGUAUCAUCGAUACCUGAUACGCUUAAUGUGUGCGCGAAUCAUCUAGGCCUAUAAACGUUGUUUAACCAACAAUGAAGGAAUCUAACCCUAAUUAGAUGUUUGGUAUAAUGUUAUGUUUAUUUCUAGUUUGCUUACCUUGUAUAAAUGUUUAUUUUGUUGAAUUAAUGAUGUUUUGCAUUAGUUAAAUAGCAAUGUAAAUUACUUUAGAUUACGAUGAAGAAACGGUAGAAGAAAAAUAUUACAGCGUAGGGAUAGUAGCCCAUACAGCGCCCCCUAUAGAUUAUGUUCUGUUCUGUAGAUUGUGCUAGUUUGGACCUUGCUUGAAUGAUUAAACCGUAAAUAAAUGCCACUGUUUCAUUUUAAAUAUCUGCUUUAGUUGUAAGGGAAUGUUACUUUUAUUUGUUUCAAUGUAUGCCUGUUCAGAAUAUAUGUUAUGUGCAAUGA